UGGUGGUUUGAUUAAGUUCACCCGUCCCUUCCUGGCAUUAGUGAGCAAAGCCAAAGCAGCGAAACUGGUUCGUGCUUUGGUCGAUCUGUUCCUAGACAUGGAAGCAAGUACUGGCAAUGAAGUGACUCUCUGCUUGGAAUGUAUCGAAUGGGCCAAACAAGAAAAGAGGACAUUCCUCAGGCAGGCUUUGGAAGCUAGGCUUAUUGCAUUGUAUUUUGACACAAGGCAAUACCAGGAAGCUCUCUCUGUUGGCUCAGUUCUGCUCAAGGAACUAAAGAAGCUUGAUGAUAAGGCCCUUCUUGUUGAAGUACAACUUCUUGAAAGUAAAGUUUACCAUGCCUUGAGUAACCUACAAAAAUCUAGGGCAGCAUUGACAUCAGCAAGAACCACUGCAAACGCCAUUUACUGCCCUCCGAAACUACAAGCAGCACUGGAUCUUCAAUCAGGUGUUCUCCAUGCCGCGGAUGAACGUGAUUUCAAAACCGCAUAUUCAUAUUUCUAUGAGGCUUUUGAAGGUUAUGAUUCUAUCGAUAGCCCUAAGGCCAUGGAUGCACUCAAGUAUAUGUUGUUAUCAAAGAUUAUGCUUAACUCGCCUGAGGAUGUACAAUCUAUAGUUAGUGGUAAGCUAGCAUUGCGGUAUGCUGGGUCCAAUGUGGAAGCUAUGAAGAGCAUAGCAACAGCAAGUCAAAACAGAUCACUCUCAGAAUUUCAGAAGGCUCUUACAAAUUACAGAGUUGAACUACAGGAGGAUACGAUAAUCCAGGCCCACCUUGACUCCCUGUAUGACAAUCUAUUGGAACAGAAUCUCUGUCGUAUUAUUGAGCCGUUCUCACGCGUACAGGUCCAGCACAUAAGCCACAUCAUUAAACUACCAAUUGAUCUAGUGGAAAGGAAGCUUUCGCAAAUGAUUCUAGACAAGAAAUUUCAUGGUAUUCUGGACCAAGGCGAAGGCGUUUUAAUUGUGUUUGAUGAACCCGUAGUAGAUCAAACGUAUGAGAUGGCCUUGGAGACGAUACAGAGCAUGGGAAAGGUGGUCGACUCUUUGUAUAGCAAGACACACAAGCUUCACUGAAGUAUUAUAUUGUGGGUGUUACAUGGCCUUUGCUUCAGCUAGGACUGCAGUUUAUUAUUGCAUUCCCUUUGCAAAUCACAGUAAAAUCCUCAUUCUCUAUCUCUGGCUUCUUUUUGUAGCAAUAUUGGUUGCCAUAAAUAGUUUUGGCAUAUGAAUAAUGUUGUUGUGCUGUUUACACAUCUCAAAAACAUAAAAAGUACAAAAAUAUUCGACUUACAGAUUGUAAAUUAAUGGAGAACACAACAAUUUGGCAUGUAAAAUUAUUCGAUUUAGGCAAGUUUAUAUGUAUUAUAAUUCUUUUUUUUGUUUUAUUAAAACAGAUAUGUACAUAUGAUAUUGGUAAUUCAUUAUUUUGCCAAAACCAUUCACUACCAUUAUUAAUAUAUUAUAACUAUUAUUGAUAUUCUGAUUGAGUAAGUUCAUUUUUUGUUUUUUUAAUGCACCAAUUGUUACAAAAUGUUGACAAUCAAGUGCUGUUUUUUUUUUUUAAAUCGUAAAUUAUUACAGUUAACUGAACAAAGUCAAGUAAACAAAUUAUGUUAUUCUUUUUUCAUAUUCAUAAAUAAUUCUUUUCUAUUAUAUUUGUUUACCGAUGUUAGUGUUAUUAUUAAUACUGAGCCUAAGAUUGUCCUAUGUUGCCAAUAAUAUUAAGCUGGGCACUCGCUUCAUAAUAUGACCAAUGGCCGGCAAGUCCAACUCUGCCGUCUGUGAGCACUAGGUAACCCAAUGGCAUCUACUGAUUGUCGGUGGCAGCCUGAACGGAUCGUCAUUAAAAUGAUCUGGUGUUACAUUCCCCAUGGAAUCAUAUCAACCCAGGGUGCUUAUCUUUUUCAUUGCAUCAAAAUGACCCAGCAAUUUAAACAACUCCCCUGUAUUGUUUUAAUGAAGGAACUUGUUCUUAAGUUUAAUAAAAUAAAUACAGUAUUCUGUUUUCGUAAAUCAGCAAUAUUUCUGUGGUUUAUUAUGAUAUUGGGGCCAGUGAUGUCUAUACACUUUUAUUACUCAUCGAGAUUAUGCAAGGCACUAGUUAAUAUUAUUUUUGUACAAUAUUGUAGUAUAGGACGCCAGUUUCAUUUGUCUAUGGCAUGCAGUGAGCGCUUUAAAAAGAUUAUUUUUCAUAGCAAUAUCCGAGUAAUCCAAAAUUUGGCCUGAAAGCCAAGCUAAAUCUAAAUCGUAUUCUACCAGGUACCCAUUUAAACUCCCUUGCCUUUCUACAACAAUUUAAAUGUUGUUGUCUUAGUUUGGCUGGUCAUUUGAAAAUCGAAGAAGCAGCCUUAAGCGGUUCUAAAGCUGGUUUUACACUAGGCGAAUUUAUUUGCGCGAAUCGAAAGCGUCUGUUCGCUUCCUGAGCUCUGAUUGGUUGCGAAUUUUUUCACUUCGCAAAAUGUAGAAACAGAUAGAUUUUGCUGAAGCGAAAAACUCCAAUAGAAAUGUGAAUGUGCAUACGCUUGAACCGACGCUUUCGAUUCUCGCAAAAAAAAUUUGCAUAGUGUAAAACCAGCUUUAGGGAACCUGGGUGUGAAAAUAAGGCCAUCCACACCUUACCCGGCUAGCGAAAAUUCCUACAGCUAAAUGCUAGUUUUGAGAAAACUAAUCUUGAGGAAACGUAUAUUUGACAGUUGCGUGGUGAAAAAAUCGUGACACCCAAAAGUUUUUGUGGAAUCAUGUGAAUAAAUGAAAAAAGACUAGUGAUAAACUUAUUGGUUUUUUGCCAGUGGAUACAUUAUUUAAAGCAAAUGAUUGGUAGCGGACUCGAACUGUAGUCUAAAAGUCAUAUUGCCACAUUCUUUCACUAAUUAUGGAUCAAAUGCAGUCAAAUAAUGUUAAGCCUGUUGUUUGUUUUUGUCAGUUGUGGAGUUAUGAAGCUCGAUUUAUAUUACCAGAAGUUCAAUUAUACUAUUAAAUGCAAGAUUUUUUUUUCAGCCAGGCUUGGAAGAAAAAAAAUUUUGUUAAUGUGUUGUACAACUAAUUUUUAUAAGACACAAAAAAGAGUGUUUUAGAAACUCUGGAACGGUUUAUAGGGAGCUUUCGAUUGCACGACGACUGUAGGACGUAGAACGUAAUGACGUCACUAAAAGUCAUCUGCACAUGCGAGUAUGUUAAGGUCACCUUGUCGAGUAGUGUCUGGAACGCAAUUUGGCCAAAUCUACGUAUGGAGAGAGCGUAGGACGCCAGGUAGGACGGUCACGCAUUAGUGAUUACGUUCUAGCGUCGCGUCGUCGCACAAAUCGAAAGCUCCCUAAUGAGAUACAGAUUUUUUAAUAUAGAAAAACUUGGGGUAAUCCAAAGAAAUAUCGGUUGUAAAUAUAUCUGA